GGUGGCGGUAGAUCGCCUGUUAAACCUGAAAGAGAAGAAGACAGGCUGCAUGUGGAAAUGUGUUAGUCAGAUGAAGUCGUUGUUUAUCUUCUUAGGGUUUGUCUGGCUGUCGAUAGUUAUAUAUCAUAACAGGGUGGUGACGUUCUUUUAAAAGCUUUCGUUCCAAGUGAAGUUAUACAAAUAAGCAUACGGUUAAAUGCUGACAGUUAGCUUUCAGCACAGCAAGCUAACAUCAACAGCUAGUUCACACAGCAGCAUUAGCCACCAGCAGGCUAACAUCAACAGCUAGUUCACACAGCAGCAUUAGCCACCAGCAGGCUAACAGCAACAGCUAGUUCACACAGCAGCAUUAGCCACCAGCAGGCUAACAGCAACAGCUAGUUCACACAGCAGCAUUAGCCACCAGCAGGCUAACAGCAACAGCUAGUUCACACAGCAGCAUUAGCCACCAGCAAGCUAACAUCAACAGCUAGUUCACACAGCAGCAUUAGCCACCAGCAGGCUAACAGCAACAGCUAGCUGAACCAGCAGCAUUAGCCUCAGCAGUUAGUCAGUUCUGCUCUCACACAUGGCUGCUGAGAGCGUGAAAAGUGAAGCCUUACCCCAGCAGGAGAACGAUAAUGGAGACAGCAAAAGCAGUCAGAAGACAGUGGGCAGUAACGGAGAAGCAGAAAACCAAAGUGUGUCCAAAAGGCAGAGAAAGAAGCAGCAGAAGCAGCAGAAAUGGGAGGAGGAGAGGGAGCUCAGAAAGCAGAAACGUAAGGACAAGAAGCAGCAGCGGCGACUAGAGAGGCACAGUCACCAGGAGGAGGAGGGAGGGGAGGUGCAGAGCUCCAGGAAACGUCUCCGCAGAGACGUGACGCCCAGCGCUCUGAGGCUGCUGUUGGACUGCAGCUUCGACAGCCUCAUGCUCAGCAAGGAUGUGGGGAAGCUCCACAAACAGAUCCAGCGGUGCUACGCUGAGAACAGACGAGCCUUGCAUCCAGUGCAGCUUUAUCUGACCAGCCUGGGAGGACAGCUGAAACAGAUCAUGGAUGAAAAGGACAAAGGAUGGGUGAACUGGAAGGAAAUUACCAUUAAAUCAGAGCACUACAAGGACGUUGUGGCGAAGGAGGAGCUGGUGUACCUGACGUCAGAUUCUCCUAACAUCCUGGAAGAGAUGGACCCUACAAAGGCUUAUGUGAUAGGAGGGCUGGUGGACCACAACCACCAUAAGGGGAUCACCUUUGAGAAGGCCAAGGAGCUGGGGAUCGAUCACGCUCAGCUUCCUCUCAGCAGCUUUGUGAAGAUGAACAGUCGGAAGGUUCUGGCAGUCAACCAUGUGUGUGAGAUCAUCCUGGCGUACCUGGAGAAGGGCAGCUGGAAGGAGGCCUUCUUCACCGUGCUGCCCCAGAGGAAGGGAGCGGUGGCUGUGGACAAGGACGGAGCAGAUCAUCAGGAGAAAGAAGCAGAAGAUUCAGACUCUGACUCGGAAACACAACAGCACACUGAGAAGGCUCAAACAUAGUUCUAAUGGACAACUGAUGAUAUGAGAAAACGUCUGGAUAUAUUGAUGCUGUUCACAAAGCAUCUGUUUGUUUGACAUUUCCAAAAGUUUUUUUUUAAAGCUUAAUUUAUUGAAAGUUUUACUUUGUUUUACUUGCCUCCUGUAAUGGGUCAUAACUUAGUUGAAAAGCCAAUUGAAAUGUUUGUUUUGCUGCAUUUAUUGGCAGAAUUUACAGAGAUGACUUAGCCUACUUUAAUUUUGUAUUGGUCUUUUCCCUUUCUUUGAUCAAAGUUCAAGCUGUUGUUGAAAAUGUAUUCAGUUAAAACUAUUUUUUAAAGCAGGAUAAAGUCAACACAAAAAUGA